AUGCGCCUCCAACACGCGCUCAUUGCGAUAAUCGUCGGUAUUGCAGUUGGAGCGUCUGAUAUAGCUGCAGAAACUGCGAGGACGUUGAUCAUAUCUGGCCCCCAGACUGGUGUGAAGCCGUUUCGCGCUGAAAUCGACGUCAAGAAUCAGAGAAGGCGUUUGAGGAGCUACAAGGCCGAUGGUGGUGAGAAGGAAGAUUCCAACGAUACACACGAAGAAACUCGCAACAUAUUGUAUAAACAGUUAUUCCCAGCCUGGUACGCAUCAGGCAAGACACCAGAAACGAUAUUUGUCGAAUUACAGAGUCCGACGCUCGAUCACAAAAAUUGGCCGAUCUACAAGAGCUACAAGGCGUACUACGACACGUACCACGUAGUUUAUCCAUAA